GCGUUCCGUUUCUAACUUAACUACUUGUUCGAGUUUGAUACAUAGUAAUCAUAACAAUAAUAGCGGUUUUAUCUCUUCUUUGUUUUGCUGUGUAGUUUCAUUUUUCAACCAUUCUUAUAUUGAUUUUUGUGUUGGAAGCAGCUCGAAUUGUGAGUGACGGCUGUUUUGAUUGUUGAUUGCUUUGAAUCACUGAGAUAACAGGGAGUAGGAGUGCUUGUUCUUGUUGUAUUGUGUGUACAAAACCUGAGGUUAGUCUAUUCAAGUUGUCUUUGGAUGUCAGUCAUGUGCAGCAAGAAAAUAUGGCCAAAAAAUUCAUUGGUGUUCGAGAUUCUGUAGAAUUUGACAAAGGUGUAGCCUGUCCAAGGUUACCUAUUUAAUUUUGGGUUGGAAAUUUGAAGAUACAUAAAAAUGUCAAUGGCUGCUCCAAGUUCCCUAUUGAAGGUGGAGGAAAUACAAGGAAGAGGGAGGGGAAUGGUUGCAUCUCAGCCUCUUAAAGCUGGUCAAAUUGUCCUCAGAGACUCUCCCAUUCUGCUGUAUUCGGCUUUGCCCUUGGUCAGACAGUCUCUGUCAUCCUCCUCCUCCUCUGCCUCCACUUCCUGCUUCUGUGAUCACUGCUUCAGAAUCUUGUCUCCUUCUUUACAGGGAGAUUCUUCAUCAUCCACAGUUUUGUGCCCCAAUUGUCGCCACCAUUGUUUCUGCAAUUCAAAUUGUCUUUCAAAUGCACUGAACUCCUCCCAUUCUUCUUGGGUAUGUCAAGCAUUAUCUCAUCUUAGAGCCAAUUCUCUACUGCUUGAACAGCCCCUUGAGCACCAAGUCCAAGUUAAUUUUCUUGUUGCUGCCUACAAUCUUGCCAAUAUCUCCCCUUCAGAUUUUCAAAUUAUGCUUUCUCUUCAGGGUUCUCCUGAUGAUUCCACCAUUGCUGCAGCUCAGUUCCUACACCCCCUUAUUUCAUCCCUCUGCUCACUUGCUCUCAUUGGCCCUCAGAAUGGAUUUUCUUUAGAACUCACGUCUGCUAUUCUUGCCAAGGACAAGCUCAAUGCCUUCGGCAUAAUGCAGCCAUUCUCUGAACAUGAUGACCAGAGGUCCGUCAGAGCUUAUGGUAUUUACCCCUAUGCCUCCUUUUUUAACCACGAUUGCCUUCCCAAUGCCUGCAGAUUUGAUUAUGUGGAUGCUAAUCCUUCUGAUGACAGCCAUAAUACUGACUUUAUUAUUAGGAUGAUUCAUGAUGUUCCCCAAGGUAGGGAGAUCUGUUUGAGUUAUUUCCCUGUGAAUGAAAAAUAUUCUAGUAGGCAGAAGAGACUGAUUGAAGAUUAUGGCUUCACCUGUAAUUGUGAUCGAUGUAAUGUGGAGUCAAAUUGGUCAGAUAAUGAUAGUGUUGAAGAUAAUGCUGAGGAAGAAGAGGAGGUUAUGGAUGAGGACCAAUGUGAAACUAUGGCAGCAUCAGACACUGAUGAUCAUCCCCAUGAAGAUAAUAACGAUUUCCCUCAUGCUUAUUUCUUUUUAAAAUACAUGUGUGAUAGAACAAAUUGCUGGGGAACUUUAGCUCCUUUACCUCCAAAAGGUGAUACUCCAUGUAAUGUCAUGGAAUGCAAUGUCUGUGGCAAAUUGAAGAGUGACAAUACCUUUGAUAUUGAUGAAGGGCAAGAUGAAGUUUCCAUGGAGGACUAAGUCGCUAGGAUGCUACUUUAAAAACAUUGGUCGUACUGUUACAAUUGAAGAACUCAUUUUGGGGGGCUGAAACCUGUUCUUCAACUUCUGAAGCCUUAUUCAUGGACCUUUUAAUGCAUGGUUUUGUUAGUAGAUAAAGGGUACAGAUAUGAUGAAAUUGGUUACCAAGGAAAAAGAAUGAUUAGUCUUUCUGGCCAUAUGGAUACUCAGAAUCAGACUGAUUUUUUUUAAAACUGUUUUGAUAGUUAUUUUUCAUUUUUGGUUUUAAGUAUGUUUUGAACUCUUGAUGUUAUUGAAUUACUGCCAAACCAUCAAUUUUGAGUCUGUGUUCAAGUUA